AUGCUUCAAUCGUCAUUUCGACCCCCUAUUAUCGUCAGGCUGCUUGCCGCUGCUGGUGUCCUGACAGUAUGUUACUGUCUUCUUAGUCUUCAAGGUCCCCGGUGGACGAGCCAAGUUCUGUUCCACUUCGAACAAACACCGCAACAGACAACAAUACCGAACAAGCUGUGGUACAAAGUCGGGCCCAGGAGCAUGAAUGACGAACUUCGAGGGUACACCCGCUCUUGUAUUGCCAACAAUCCGACCUUCCAGCUCGAGUUUUUGACAGACAUAUCGGGGGACGACUUCGUCAAGACCCAGUUUGCCUCUCGUCCCGACCUAGUAGACGCCUUUCUCAACAUCAGUAUCCCAAUCAUCAAGGCCGACCUGCUCCGCUAUCUCAUCCUGUACGAAUACGGCAGUAUCUGGAACGACCUGGACGUCUCCUGUGAGGUGCCCAUCGAAGAAUGGGUUCCAGAGCAGUACAAGGCAGACGCGAGCAUCGUCGUGGGACUGGAGUUCGACGUGGACAUCUGGGUCCGGCAAUUCGCCAGCUGGACCAUCAUGGCGAAACCGAAGUCGCCACAUCUGCUGACCGUCGCCGAAGACUGCCUGGAAGGACUGGUUGGCAAGGCCGAAGAGCUCGGCGUCGGUGUACAAGAUUUGACCCUCGAGAUGCUCGAUGAUAUUAUCGACGUCUCAGGUCCGCGCAGGCUGACGCGCGGGAUCCUGAAGAGCCUGAGCAGGAUGCUCGACCGGCCAGUGGGCAAUGACGAUAUAUCCAAUGUCGCGGAACCGAAGCUGGUAGGGGACGUGCUGGUGCUGCCCGACUACGCGUUUGCAAACCAGAUGAACAUGCAGUUUGGGGAUAAGGUGCCGGGGCGGGUACUUGUAACACACCACUAUGCUGGCUCAUGGAAAAAUGCAAAAGGUGGCGAGGAGGCUGAUGGUAGAUAG